CUAUCGAAUUCAAGACAACCAAUCAGCUCGCCUGACGUUUGCGCUGCUGAUAGCUUUGUCUCGGGUGGUAGUAGUUCAGCACAACAUGGAGACAGGUCUGUGAGUGCCAGAUAGCAUGGUCAGGAAUGAGUUAAUCUGCAGUCAGUGGGGGUGAAGGGUCAGUCGCCAUGUGGCAGUCCAACCAGCAGUGGAGGGAGGACCUACUCCAAAUCAGGAUUGGGCAUUGACCACAAUGCAUGUCCUCCCUCCUCCCAUCCACUCACAGAACUCUCACCCAGCUCUUCUCAAGGAUGCUUUAGUAUUCAAUGUUUUGUUUCUUCUUUUAUGUCUUCAGUUAUGCAUAUGGUAGUGAUGUGUGCUUCCCCAUACCAGGAUAAUAUGAUGGCUAAAAUUCUUGCCACUUGUAACUGCAGUCAGCAGUGGGCUCCAAGGAACCGCCACUGAGGUUUUUUUGCAAGUGGAGCAGUCGCUUUGGAGGCAGAAGGGUUCAUUUCUUGCGGAAUACCUCCAUCAAAGAAAGAAGAAGUUUAGGAAGAGGAAGUGGAAGUAGAGUGGAAGAGGAAGCGGAAGUAGAGUGGAAGAGAAAGGAGGAAGUAGAGUGGAAGAGUAACCGGAAAGUAGAUUGGAAUUCGAAAAGGAAGUAGAGUGAAAGAGGAAGCGGAAGUAGAGUGGACUCGCUUUGGAGCGGUAAAAGCGGGACAUGUGACCAAAGGUCCACUAGAGCAUUCUCUCGAUCGGCCCCGGGGCUCUAGGCUUUGGAUGAUUGGCCGCUGGAAGGGCCCCCCACCGCCAUGGCUCACUCGUCUGGCUUGGGACGUAAAGAGAUGACCAACGGCUCCCACUCGGCGGGCCACGCCGGGGGGGCGCACACGGCCGCCCGAAACCUGCUGAGGAAGCAGCAGAGGCAGCACCGGCGGAUGCGCUCCUCCUCCCCGAUGGGCCGGGUCAUCCUCAUCAAUUCGCCGGUCGACGGUGGCGAUGACUGCGAGGACAUCCACACGAUCACGGUGGACAAGAGCGCGGACGGCCGGCUGGGCUUCAGCGUGCGCGGGGGCUCGGAGCACGGCCUCGGCGUGUUCGUCAGCAAGGUGGAGGACGACAGCUCCGCAGAGCAAGCUGGCCUAUGCGUGGGGGACAAGCUGGUGGAGGUGAAUGGGAUCAGCCUGGAGAGCAUCACCAUGAGCAGCGCGGUGAAGGUCCUGACGGGCAACAACCGCCUCCGCAUGGUGGUCCGGAGGGUGGGCAAGGUGCCCGGCAUCCGCUACUCUAAGGAGAAGACCACCUGGGUGGACCUGAUCCAUCGCAGGAUGGUGGUGGAGGAGAGCGGGAACACCCCCUCUGAGGCCAGCUCAGACAGCGCCCUCCGCAGGAUCAUUCACCUCUACACCACCUCUGACGACUACUGCCUGGGGUUCAACAUCCGCGGGGGCAGGGAGUUCGGCCUGGGGAUCUAUGUGUCCAAGCUGGAUCCAGGGGGACUGGCAGAACAGCACGGGAUUAAGAUGGGGGACCAGAUCCUGGCAGCCAAUGGGGUGAGCUUUGAGAACAUCAGCCACAGCAGCGCCGUGGAGGUUUUGAAGAGCCACACCCACAUCAUGCUCACCAUCAAGGAGGUCGGACGAUAUCCUGCUUACAAAGAGAUGGUGGCAGAAUACAGCUGGCUAGAUAAGUUGGCAAACGGGACGGGGCACUCCUCCUCUCACGGUUCGGACUCUAACUCCCUGAGCUCGUCGCUUUCGUGGGGCACCCCGGCCAGCUCCCUCAGCGGGCUGUCCCAGGUGAUGCUCCCUCCCAUGCUCCCUUGCUUCGGCCCCGACAUGGUGGACGUGAACCUCGGCGGCGACCCGCCUCGCCAGCCCAGCGCCGAGGCCUCCAUCCAGACCGACCCCCCCGAGCCUGAUCACGCGCUCGUCUCCACGGAAACCAGCCGGAGCCUGGGGGCCACCGUGCUGCUGAGGGACACGGCCAUUCGGGGCGAGAGCUUGGAGCGGGGGGCCAGGAGAGGCACGCUCACCUCCGAGGGGAGGCUGGUGUCCCCGAAAACCGCUCUGCUCAUGGCCCUGAGCAAGCCACCCCGGCCCAUCCGCAGGUCCCGGAGCCACAUCACUGUGUCAGAAGAAAAUCAGAAGAAGUGGAAGAAAAAGCUGCAGAAGGGGGCGGUGGAGGAGGGGGAGAAGACCCUAAAACGCUCCAAGACUUUCGUCAGCCUGCUGUUCAGGGGCGCGCGCAAGAGGGACGCCUCCAGGGGGCGCUCAAAGUCUCCGUCUCGCUCAGAAACAGACCGCGGUCUCUGGUUUGGCAUGAAAGGCCAGAAGAAGGAGAAAGGAUCGAACCACAGCCUGCUGCCGGUGCCCGAGACGCUGGGGGUGGUGGAGGACAUGGCCAGGAAGCUCCUGGGCGAGGACGAGGUGGCGGCCGUCAUGAGGCACUGCAGGCGGUUUGCGUCAGAGCGAGUGGUAGAGGACCUGGUGCACCCCCUGCUGGCCAUUCUGGACAGGCCCGAGAAGCUGCUGCUACUGAGGGAAAUCAGGAUGCUCAUCCACCCCACGGACUUGGGCCGCUUCGACAGCAUGGUAAUCCCCUUCGAAAUGGAGGCCUACGACAUCCUGAAGAGCCGAUCUGUCAGGUCCCCUGCCCUACGUUCGCCUCACACCAGCCUGGUCCCGAAACGUCACCUCAUCACCCCCAUCCCAGACUACAGGGGAGGCUUUCAGCUGCACCCCUCGCGGGACCUGGAGAGGGAUCGGCAGCUGAUGGAGGAAGUAGAAAGGCUCCGCCUGUCCAGGUCGCCGGACGCCCGCCAGCGCCCCUCCAGGGCCUUCACCCCCCUGCUGGACAUCCCGGUGGACGGCUACGUCGCGGACCCCCCCCGGCGUCGCCCCGCCAGCCCCGCCAGCCCCGCGUACCCGAACUGGCUCCUGUCCGAUUCCCCCCACAGCACGGGCCGGCGCUCCCCCUCCAGGACAGAAAAUGGUAUGGCCCGUCCUGUCCGCUCCGACGAGGCGCCCUUGCGCUCCGCCGGAGACGCGGGCGAUUCCAUCCCGGAGAGGGGGAGGUCUCCGUUCAGAAACGGCCACACUCGCGCUAGAAAGGACAGAGGGGGGGAGCCCAAAGAGGACGGGAGGGACGCCGCGUAUCCGCCGGCGAGCGCGCCCCGCCGCAGCCGGCCCCCGCUCUCCCUGGUCUUCGGCUCUCACGUGGACUCUGACCUCCCAGCGCCCCCUGCAGUCAAAGCGGGGAACGAACACGCGAAGGGUCAAGCCCCUUCUUCUUCAGAGAAUGGCCAUUCUGGUGCUGCCCCAGUCCAGGAGUAUGAGCUCACCACUGUCGCUAUCUCCAAGACCAAGCAGUCUUUGGGGAUCAGCAUCUCAGGAGGGGCAGAGUCCAGGGUGCAGCCAGUGGUGAAGAUAGAGAAAAUAUUUCCAGGAGGAGCCGCGUCGACCUGCCAAGUGCUGAAGGCCGGGCUGGAGCUGGUGUCGGUUGACGGGGAGUCCCUCCGGGGGGUGUCCCACCAGCAGGCGGUGGACGCCAUCCGCAGGGCUUUCAGCAACAAGUCCAAAGACCCCAUGGUGUUCGUGGUGAAGGUCCCCAAGACUGAGGACAGAUGAGGGACCGCGGACGCUGGACGCGGGGCAGGGGGACUAACGAGGCCACUGUCGGGGGACGUAAAAUGGCUGCCGAAUCGAGUGGAAGUGAACAGUCACGCCACCUGCCCUCUCCACGUACUAUGAGUCAUUCGGGAAGACAGAUGCUCAUGUUCAACCCCCCCCCUCCCCCCCACCACCACCACAAGGAUAAAUUCCAUACACAGAAAAUAAGUCAAAAAUACAUGGUAAUAUGUUUAUGAAUGUCUCAAAUUGAUGGCAUAUUAUCAAAUGUAGAAAACAUUUUUUUUUCCUGAAAAUGCCAGUAUAGUAAUACAGCAUGCAAUUUUACAUCAUAUAUUAAUUAUAUAUACAUAGCUGCAGCAUGCUAUAAGCUGUGGGAAAAAGACACCUGCCAAGCAGGUGAAUGAUGUAAAGAUUAAGGAAUAAACAAUUUUACAGUGUGAAUGUUUGAUAAUAAAGAAACAUUGUGACAUUU